CUCUGCUUUUACGGAUGCAACAGCGUGAGCAAUCUCACUUGGGUUUUUUUGUCUUUUGGCUUUUUUCCCUCCUUCCUUUCCCCACCCCUUUCUCUCUCCCUCUCAGAUAUCUGUGUCUCGAGGGCCUUGCGCAUCAGCGUUAUCCUGGAGCCCGUGAAGCCCCCUCGCUCCCCUUCCUCCUGGUUUCGCCUCCUGCUGUAGCUGAGCUGUUGCGAUAAUGGAGCUCAGGGCUGUGGUAGCCACCGUGGAAAGUGGGGAGCAAGACACGGUUCUCAAGGUGCUUCAGAUCUACAACCAGGAGAAGUCUCAGUGCUUCACCUUUGACGAUGAGGAGCGGGAAGAGAGGAAGAAAAUGGCCCAGCUGCUGAUCAAGUUCCUGGAAAGAGAGCUGCAGCCGUCCUGCCAAGUCACGUGCUUGGAAAGCAUCCGCAUCCUGUCCCGGGACAAAUACUGCCUUGACCCUUUCACCACCAAGGAAGGCCUGAAGACCCUCUCCAGGCACGCUGGCAUUGAUUACUCAGAGGAGCUCAUCCGGGAGGUCCCAGACUUGGAUGUAAUCCUGGAAUCCCUCAAAUGUCUCUGCAACAUUGUCUUCAGCAGCCCUAGGGCACAGGAGCUGACAGCUGAAGCCCGGCUGGUGGUGGGCCUGGCCAAGCGCAUCAAACUGUACAACGAGAGGAGCCUUCCUCACGAGGUCAAGUGUUUCAACCUGCGUCUCGUGUUCCUUCUGACGGCGCUGAGGGUGGACAUCCGGCAGCAGCUAGCCCAAGAGCUCAGGGGCAUUAGCCUGAUGACAGAUACCCUGGAGCUGACCCUUGGUGUCAAGUGGAUGGACCCCUACGAAGUUGCCACCGAGGAGGGACUUCUCCCACCUUUGCCUCGGCAGGAGACGGAGCGAGCCAUGGAGAUCCUGAAAGUGCUCUUCAAUAUCACCUUUGAUUCCAGCAAGAGGGAGGUGGACGAGGAAGAUGCUGCGUUGUACCGGCACUUGGGUGCCCUCCUGCGCCACUGCCUCAUGAUCUCUGCUGAUGGAGAGGACCGGACAGAGGAGUUCCACAGUCAUACGGUUAACCUUUUGGGCAACCUGCCCCUGAAAUGUCUGGAUGUCCUCCUGACCCCGAAAGUCCGGCCAGGCUCGCUUGAGUACAUGGGUGUCAACAUGGAUGCAGUCAGCAUCCUGCUGGAUUUCCUAGAGCGACGCCUUGACAGGGGCCACAAGCUGAAGGAGAGUUUGACUCCUGUGCUGAACCUGCUGACUGAGAGCGCUCGAGUCCACCGCCAGACGAGGAAGUUCCUGAAGGCGAAGGUGCUGCCGCCGCUCCGGGACGUGAGGAAUCGGCCGGAGGUGGGGAACUCGCUGCGGAACAAGCUGGUGCGUUUGAUGACCCACAUCGACACGGACGUGAAGCACUGCGCGGCAGAGUUCCUCUUCGUGCUCUGCAAGGAGAGCGUGUCGCGGUUUGUGAAGUACACGGGUUACGGGAAUGCAGCUGGGCUCCUGGCAGCACGAGGCCUCAUGGCUGGUGGUCGGGAAGAGGGAGAGUACUCAGAAGAUGAAGACACAGACACUGAGGAGUACAAAGAGGCAAAACCCAACAUUAACCCUGUGACGGGACGCGUCGAGGAGAAACUACCCAACCCCAUGGAAGGGAUGACUGACGAGCAGAAGGAGUACGAAGCCAUGAAGUUAGUCAACAUGUUUGACAAAUUGUCCAGAGAGCAAGUCAUCCAGCCCAUGGGCAUCACACCGAGCGGCAACCUGGCCCCCAUGGAGAACACCAUCCACGAUAUGGCUGAAGAGAGGUCGUCGUCCGACUCGGACCUGGGGCUGGACUGAUCCAGACCUCUCGCCCCAGCCUCGGAGAGCUGGGGAGCCUCCGUCUGCUCUCCCUCCAGAACUGGUGCUGCACCCAGAGGCUAGUGCUGGGCCAGGACUCUCCCUGUGGGAUCUGGAUCCAGCCUGGACCCCUCAGUCCACAACAAGGAACACCUCCUGCCUCCUUCUCGGCUCCGUAACCACCUCUCCUUCAGAGGGUCUUCACGGCCCGGCUCCACCUUGGUCUCUCCUGUCGGCAGCCUUGAGGAUUUCAGGCUCCAAAUUGCUUCCAGGACUUUCCAGUAGGAUUUUUUUUUUUUUUUUAAUACGUGAUGUUUGGGA